AGGGAAACGCGCGCGUAAUAAGAAAUAUAUAUAUAUAUAUAUAACUGAACAUCGAGCCACGCGACACUGACAAUUCGUAACGAAAGAAUGAAACAAAAAAUCUAUAAGUAAAACAUGACAGGAUCACGCGAUCAAAGAAACUUGCCAAAUUUAUUAGUUUAAUUUGGACUUGCUUCAGAGAUGAAGUCGAAAAAUUCGUUGCAACUGACACUCGCUAUACUAAAACCUCACGUCGUGAAGUCACCGUUCGCAUUGCAGAAAAUUCGCGAUUUGAUAAUCGACAAUGAUUUCAAAGUUGUCAGAUCGAAAAGAACUGUUAUUACGCCCGAAGAAGCUGAUCUUUUUUAUUCCGAUCAUAGAGAAAAAUUUUUCUUCAAUCGUCUGCUGACUUUCAUGUGUAGCGGACCUUCCGAUAUUCAUAUUUUAGCUGGCAACAAUGCCAUUAGGAAAUGGCGAGAACUCAUGGGCCCCACUAAAGUUUAUCAAGCUCAAUAUACAGCUCCUAAUACUAUCAGAGCAAUCUACGGGUUGUCUGAUACAAGAAACGCUACGCAUGGUUCAGAUUCGCUCGAGUCAGCGGAUCGUGAAAUAAAAAUAUUCUUCAGAGAAUUCAACGCAAAAAAAUGGUUCGACAAUGAGGAAGUAUUCUACAAUUUAGGAAAAGUGCGUUUUGAUCCAUCAGCAUUCGUACAUACGAUUGAUCAAAGUGUAAAAACCUUGAAUAUUGACAAAAAUCUAAAUUCUGAUUGAUCUUGCAAGGUCACAAAAAUAAAAUUAAUUUAUUGUGUACUAUAGUUAGAUUUAUUGUAAAAUACAGAUGACAGAGAUGAAUCUAUAAAUCGAAGAACGAUUGAUUUGAGAGGAAAA